UAUAAUUGAGAUUUAAAAUCUGUUGCUUCUCAGAUUAUGUACAUAAAUGUCGAAUUCUGUAUAACAUCUGAAUUGUUUGAAAAUGAAACAUGCAAGUUUAUUUAGAGUACUAUGUAUUGGUAAUAAAAUUGCUACAAAUGUUUGAUUAAGAAAUGGUUAUCUCAGUGAAUGGCAAAGUGUUUAAUUUCUUAGGGAUGUAUACAGAUCGAUUGUGUAAAAGUCUCUACAAAUCUUUUAUUAUCUCAUUAUCAGCGAAGGAAAUUUGCUUUUAUAUUGGCCUAUGACAAUAUUUAGAAAGCCAUAAAGGGCGGACAAACAUUUUGAUGAUGGUCGAAGCUGCUUUAUGGAUGGGAUAAUCAAAGAAGGCAUCUGGAUCUUAAGAAAAGUUUACUGAAACAAUCUGCGGAUAUUAAACAACUGUUCACAGGUACCGAAGCAAGAUUACCUAAGAUUCGAGAUGUUGCUGAGUUUCCAUGACAACAUAAACUAACAGAUCCCGUUUGAUCCUAGGGCUACCAACAUGGCCCUGGAAUCGAGCAGCCCCUUCGGGUCCACCCCUGGGUCAAAGGGCCGGCCCCUUUUUCCGGACAAUGGAGACCUGGAACCAUUUGGGUUUCCCUUUGUUAGUAGCUCGGCCACAGUGUACAACUCGACAGACCAUAAUUCAUCAGUAUUAAAUGUCAGCCAUUCCAUUCCGAUUUCCGGUAAAAAUUACUCCAAGCCUUCACUACCUGGUUUUCAUGAUGACAUUGAUAGGGACAUUAUGCCAGUCAAUGACAAACACGCUAGUGAUCAUUUAAAAUGUAAUAGCAUUGAAUCGACAAGGAGAUCAGAGGGAACAGAGACGAGCGGAAUAAGUGAGAGUUCAAGUAAGUUUCCUGAUCUGAGUAGCGAAGGUGCAAACAUGGACAAUGCUGAAGAAUCAUCGGAUAAUGAGGAUUUAGUCGAAUGCGGAAACUGUGACAAUGAAUUCCAGAGUCUUCAGGAGUAUAUGGACCAUACUUGCGCGGGUAAUAAAAGUGAUAGGAGUGCUAACACUGACAGUGCUGAUCGUGUAGGGAAAAGUAAAGAAAUGAGUGAUGUGGAAAGUUUUGAUGGAAAGAUCGUGUAUAAUCCGGAUGGUUCUGCCUACAUUAUAGAAGGUGACUCUGACAGUGAGAUUGAGUCGAUUAUUGAUUUGCCAAAACAGGAAGGUGUUAUUGUAGACAAGAAGGGAAACUUAGACAGUAUUCCAUUUGGAAAAGUUAUUCCACAGAUUGACAAUGCUUUUUUUGUUCCACGAAAUCCAAACUCAUUUUUGAGCAAUCCUUUCAUGCUACAACAGAAAUCUCAGACUACACCAAUCAUGCACAGCUACAAAGUUUUUGACUUGCGUUCAGGAAAAAACAAGAAAUCCUCACUCUCAGGUGAAAAGUGUGAAGAAAAUCUGAAUUCCAAAUCAUUAUCUGCGUCGGUACUGGGCACCGAAUCUUCUACCUCAAGUUCUUUCUCUGUAUCAUCAUCAUCAGCAUUUGCAUCACAAGCUGUCACUUCAGUUCCAACAAAGCCCAUUCUUAUGUGUUUCAUAUGUAAGCUCUCGUUCGGUUAUGCUAAGUCUUUCAUGUCACAUGCAAUGUCUGAACAUUCUAUGGAACUGAAUGAUGAAGAAAAAGACAUUAUGUCUCUUAAAAAUUCUUCAGCAAUUAUACAAGGUAUUGGAAAGGAGAAGGAUCCCCUCAUGUCCUUUCUUGAGCCAAUCAAAUCAACAAAUAUGGACAAAGAAUCAAAGUCAGUGUCAAGUUUGAACUCAAAUUUCAGUGAAAAUGCUGUAAAUCUUGCUAAAGAUACUACGAAUGUCAGCUAUAUUUACACAAAGCCAAAGCUUUCAUCAGAGUCAUUCAGUGAAUAUCAAAGUUCAGUUGCAAAUCAAAAGGGAGGAAAAGACUUGUCUAUAAGGGAUAUUCGGAAUCAGUUUUCAGGUCGAAAAUUUGAUUGUGAUAGCCCUGAAGCUAGGUCAGCAAGUACCCCAGUUAAUCAGUUGGAUAGAAACGAAUCUGAUCGUGAGAGUAAAAGACCGAAAAUGGACUACAGUGAUGAUUCUAACUCUCAGACAAGCUUUCCAAUAACUCCUAUUCAGAAGUACAUACAGGAUCAAGAACUAAAUUCCCAGUCUCCUAAGUCAUUCUUGCCACCCUACUCAAACUCCCAGCGCCCGUAUUUCGGUGUGUGCGAGGAUCAUCCAAAUGGUCGUGUGGCAGGGGUCGAAUGUCCGAGCUGCGACAUGAUUCUCAGUUCUUCCCAGUCACUUGGCGGUCAUAUGACUAUGAUGCACUCGCGAAACUCUUGCAAGACGCUCAAGUGUCCGAAAUGCAACUGGCAUUACAAGUACCAGGAAACGCUUGAAAUACACAUGAAGGAGAAACACCCUGAGGGUGAUCAGAAAUGCAUGUACUGUCUGACCAAUCAGUCGCACCCCAGACUUGCCAGAGGGGAGAGUUACUCGUGUGGUUACAAGCCAUACCGCUGCGAAGUCUGCAACUACUCCACAACGACUAAAGGAAACCUCAGCAUCCACAUGCAGUCCGACAAACACUUAAAUAAUGUCCAAGAUCUUGCCAACAGUGGAGGUGACCUGGCGCAGUUCAAUAAGCACAAUAACAUGGCAUCAGCCCAUCACUUGCAGACCCCACCUGCCCAGCCCCACCCCUCUCACCUUGCCACACCCUCCCCGUCGUCCAUGAAGGCACCACCUCAUCAGCAGAUGCUGCAGCAACAACAUCAGCAGCAGCAACAACAGCAGCAUCAACAACAACAGUCAAGUCAACAGGAGGCCAAGAAAUUGAAGCCAAAGCCUACAUGGCGUUGUGAUGUUUGCAAUUAUGAAACAAAUGUUGCGAGAAAUCUACGCAUUCACAUGACAAGUGAAAAGCACACUCACAAUAUGAUGGUGCUGCAACAAAACAUGAAUCAUAUGAAGAGGGAUAUGCAACUCCACCAGCAAAUGAACCAGUUGGUAAUGCUACAGCAAGACCCGUCAUUUCUUGGUCUUUCUGGUCCAAUUCCGGGAGGAAUAACUUUCCCGUAUGAUAGUUCACUUAUGAUGGGUGGGCUGCCGACUGGUUUUGGAGAGGCCCCGGUAGAUUUGAGCAAAGAAAAUGGUGCGGCGUCUGGACAGAACGGAACUGAAAUGCAGGAAGUUAACAGACUAUUCCAGUGCUGCGUGUGCAAUGUAUUUGGGACUGAUUCUCUCGAAUCACUUCACCAACACUUGCAGAUGGACAGAACGAAAACCCAUGAGAGCGAAAAUAUAUCUGUGUCCAAUGGCACGUACAUGUGUAACCUUUGUCAGUAUAAGACAACGCUGAAGGCGAACUUUCAGCUGCACUGUAAGACUGAUAAACACAUUCAGCGAUUGCAGCUUGUCAAUCACAUUAAAGAGGGCGGACAGAACAAUGACUGGCGUCUUAAAUACUUAAAUGUAAGCAAUCCAAUCCAGGUUCGGUGUAACUGCUGCGAUUAUUACACAAACAGCAUCCAUAAGCUCCAAAUCCACACGGGAAAUCCACGCCACGAAGCAAGCGCCCAACUGUUCAUGCACCUCCAACAGCAGGAGAGCCCGCUCGGGAAGAAGGAGAAAUGCUACGUGUGUAACCUGUGCAAGUUCAAUGCGAGAACGAAACUGAGCCUCAUGCAGCACGUGCAUUCUGUUCAGCAUCUACACAGUGAGGGGAUCAAGCAGAUGGAGAUGCGGGAAAGCGGGCAACAGGAAGUGGACAUUGGGGACAUUUUCAUCGUGCGUGAAGUUCAGGACCUGGAGACCUUCAAGUUUGAUGACGAGACCUUGUCACUUACAACAAAUGGGGUCGCUGAUGAAGACAGUAACGUGACCGAGCCAGAGACAAGUGAAAGAAAAGACAGAGUUACUGCCCCUGUCUCACCGACACACAGCUACAACAACAACAACAACAACAACACAAUAAAGCACAACAUUGACACUUUGUCAAACAAAGGUGAUGCUAAGAGUCAAGGUGAGGCAUCAGUGAAUGAGAUGCAUCUAAAAACGUUGACAAACACGCCGCCACAUCUGCUGUCCCCACACCAGCUGUUGACUGCUCCAUACCUCGCACAACAUCACUUUCUUACCUGCCCUCUGUGCGCAGAAACGUUUUCCGAGAAAUCAAAAGUCCAGAAACAUUUGACGUCUGUUCAUAAUGUGACCUCGGAUGGCCUGCAAAAACUGCUCGACCUUGUUAUUGACCCAAAUGAUCCAAAGGCCAAGAUGCCGCCAACAGUGUUGCCAGACUUCAUGCAUCAACCUCAAUCCUCAAUGAAGGUCGCAAAAAUGGUGGAAGUUAACCUUGAUAUGCUGGAUGCUGAGUGGACUAAACUUGCUUCAGAGGAUAGUUUAGACACCUCGUUUCAAGGUGAUAAGGACAUAGACGAUCAAUUCAGAUGCCAGACAUGUUCGAAAACAUUCCUGAACAUCGACCAGCUCUACUCGCAUCAGAACGAGCUCGGCCAUCUUGAAUUGAAGCAGACGCCUCGAGGACCAGGCUACCUCUGCUGGAAAAAAGGAUGUAACCAGUAUUUUAAAACUGCUCAAGCAUUGCAGAUGCAUUUCCGUGAAAUCCAUGCCAAAUCGAUCGGACUCAGCUCCUCUGAUCGAUCGGAAUACAAGUACCAGUGCCAAAUAUGUACACUUGCUUUCAAAUCUCAACAAAAGCUUCAUUUUCAUGCCCAGAUGCACAUCAUCAAGUCAUCAGUCACAUGUAACUUGUGCUCGAAGACAUUUCCAUCGAUAGAAGCUCUCAGAAAGCAUAUCGAGGGAACAUCACAUGACCUAGGAGAGAGCGAAAUGGAACAGUACAGAGCUGAGAUCUACGCUAAUGCGCUUGCUUUCUCAACGUUCUUGACUGAUCCAAAACUGCGCAAGGUGCUACAGUUACCAGAAGGUUUUAAGGAUAAGGAGAACACAAACUCUGACCAUGGUCUGAUCGUCUCUGAGAAUGGAAUUCCUGAUGGUGACAACUCUUCUUCUAGAGAUAUUUCCCCUGCCAGAACUCCUGGAUCUAUGGAGAACGGCAAUGAUAAGGGUAGUAGCUCAGAGGCCAUGGACUUAAGUAAUAAUGAUCUCAACUCAAAGGAGCAACAGUUCUUUGAAGAUUACAUCAAUAGUCAAGCAUUUGCGGAACACUCGUACGAGGACCCGAACAGAAAGUUCAAAUGCCAUCGCUGCAAGGUCGCUUUCACAAAACAGCAAUACCUAGCUGCCCAUAACAAGACUUUGAUGCAUAAGAAAGGAGACAAAUUAAACUACCCCAUGGAAAAAUUCCUUGACCCAAACAGGCCAUACAAAUGUGAAGUCUGCAAAGAAUCGUUUACACAGAAGAACAUUCUUCUUGUACAUUACAACUCUGUUUCCCAUCUUCAUAAGAUGAAGCAGCACAUGAGUCAUCCCGAUGGUUCAUCAGCAUCACUUUCACCUGCUCCAGCAUCAACUGACGCUGUUCAGAUUUCAUCUGUUGAUUCUGUACCAGCCUCAGCAACUAUCACUUCAGCUUCAAACUCAUCUGAGAAAUCAUCAGCUAAGAAAUCCAGAGAAGCAUCGCCAGAAGAUGACAGUGUGAGACCUUUUAAAUGUAAUAUAUGUAAGGUAUCUUAUAGUCAGGGCUCCACUCUUGAUAUCCACAUUCGCUCAGUUGCUCAUCAGACCAGGGCCUCCAAACUUCAUGAGCUAGCCAUGGCAGGAGAGGUUGAUCUGUCAAGACCUCUGAUUGAAGAGCCAGUGGACAAAUCAAUUCAAGCUCAGCAGAAACUCCUGAAUGAUUUCCUCAGCAAGCAGACCUCACUUUCCCAGCAGUCACUGCUGUUCUCAGGACUUCCUGGGCUUACAAGUUUUCCAGGGAUACCGGGCAUGCCCUCAAUGCAGGGAUUUCCCCUGCUGGCUGGUUUACCUCCACUUCUUCCCCUUUCCCUUCCGAGUCACAUGUUCCCCCUGGGGUCUGGCCUAGGAUCCUCCUCUAGUCAGUCUAGUACCAGUAGUUCAAAGGCAAAGUUUUCAUCAGGAAGUGGUUCAACUGCUUCAAAAGCUCUAGAAAAGAUCUCUGAGGCAUCUUCCAAUAGGGAUUUGACAAAGUCAUCAGAAUUAUUUUCUUCUUCACUUGCGGGUUCAUCUUUUACAUCUACAGCCACAACACAACUCUCAGGAAGUAUACAGAUGUGUCAGCGAUGUACAGCUGUGUUCAACUCUGCUGAAUCAUUUGCUCAGCAUCAGUUAAUGUGUUCAGGAAGCUCAGCAUCUCCAGGACCAAGUCCUGGAAACAAAUCAAGAUUCACAGGACGAGUCAAGACUGCAGUCCAGAGAAACUUGCUGGAAAACUUUGGAUUUGAGUGUGUCAUGCAAUUUAAUGAGUUUAAUCAACGUAGAAUUAAAAAAGAAGAAGAGGCGUGUAAAAAGGAGGAAGAAAUGAAUGAGAAAGAAAAUGAUACAGAUGUUAAUGAUGAAAGAAAGCUUGAUGGAGCUGAUCUUAAAGAUGAGAAAAUUAAGGAUGAAACUGAAGUCAAGGAUGAAAAAAUUAGUGACAAAAAGGAAGCUGUUGAUUUGCCAGAAAUGAACAAAAGCAAAUGCAACCAUUGUGGAAAACAAUUCAGCAGUGUCUGGGUUUUGAAGGCUCAUGAGGAAGAAGUGCACAAAGAAGUUGUGCCUAUUGAUAUUGUAGAAGAAGUUGGAGAUAAGGUAAAGUCUGACUUUGAGAAGAAGAUUCCUAAAGAAGUUCCAACUCCUGAAUUGCCAUCCACACCUCUUUCAGUAACUCCAACUCCCGAAGAGAAGUCUAAUGUGAAACAAGAGAUGCCUCCUCCACCACCACCACCCCCACCCUCAGCCCAGAUGUCAUUUGACAUGCUAAACAUGAUGAACAUGAUUGGAAUGGGGAUGCUUCCAAUGCCAAUGAUGAUGAGCCAGCCCUCCAUGAUGCCAAUGAUGAUGCCCCAUCCUGGUGGUCUGGACAUGCCGCCCUCUUUAUCCAACAUGCCCCUGGACCCCAGUGUUCAGAGACGCCAGAUGGAAGCUGCCAAUGCUGCUAAUCAAAAGCGGGCAAGAACCAGAAUCAAUGAUGAGCAACUGAAGGUUCUUAGAGGUUAUUUUGAUAUUAACAACUCUCCAUCAGAAGAGCAGAUACAGUCUAUGUCUGAGCAGACAGGUUUGCCAAUGAAAGUGAUCAAACACUGGUUCAGGAAUACAUUGUUCAAAGAACGACAGAGAAACAAGGACUCGCCAUACAAUUUUAACAAUCCCCCUUCGACUACCCUUGACCUGGAAGAGUAUGAGAAAACAGGAAAGCUUACAGUUAUAGAGGACAGCAGCCCACCUUUGUCCAAGAGUCCAAGUCCUGCUGUGGUCAAGUAUGAAAGAGAUAUUAAGAAGGAGGUCCAAGAGCCAAUGGAUGAGAAACUUGUGAACAUGAAGUCUGCAACUGUUACAAAUCUUAAACCUGAUCCUCCAAAAGAACCAAUGCCUCUACUAGGCAGGCCACAGAAUCAUGUACCAGUACCAGAAUUGCCAAUCAGACCAAAAAUAGAAGAUAAACCUCAGGUGAUGUCAACUCCACACUCACACACUGCUAUGAGGACUCCACCUCCACAGAAUGAACCCAAGCCCUUUCACUCUGCACCAUCUGCUUCCCAGUCACCAAUGAUAACCCCUCCAGCCGCAAGCAGCAGCUUCAUGCAGAGCUUUGCCAGCAGUUUUUCAGGGAUGAGCACCCCUAACUUUCCGCCGACCUCGACAACCCCAAACUCAUCCACCCCAACAUAUGACUCACUCAACUACUCGCCUCCAGGUAGCGGGUCAACAGGAAGGAGAGCAAACAGAACAAGAUUCACAGACUAUCAGAUCAAAUGUCUACAGGAAUACUUUGAGCAGAAUGCUUACCCUAAAGAUGAUGAACUUGAACACCUUUCAAAAAUGCUUGGGUUGAGCCCAAGGGUAAUUGUUGUCUGGUUCCAAAAUGCCAGACAGAAGGCAAGGAAAAUUUACGAAAAUCAGCCUCAAGAUAAUGUUAAGGACGCUUCAGGUAACUCUCCAUAUGGUCGGACAUCCGGGUUGAACUAUCAAUGCAAAAAGUGUAGCAAUGUAUUCCAGCGGUACUAUGAUCUUAUUCGCCACCAGAAGCGCAGUAACUGUUACACUGAUGCCGAGAAGCAGGAAUCUCACAUGCUGUCUGAUGACAGUGACUCAAUCUCUAACGUGACAUCUCUAGACAACACAGCAUUCUCCGACUCGGAAUCCGAGUGUUCCAACUUUGGUAAGAAGGACUUGAGCAGCAGUAGUGGGGAUGGGAAGAAGUUCCAGUGCGACAAAUGUGAAGCCUCCUUCAGCCAAUAUGAGCACUACAGGGAGCAUCAAAGUAUUCAUAGUAUGUACAUGAACAGUGCAUUUGGGAUGCUGCAGAACAUGGCCGCAAAUAGUGCCUCCCAGCAAGGAAUGGAUAUGCAAUCUCCGAUCAAACGCAAAUAUGAAGAUGAGGAAGAUGAUCAUGAUCAGCCAAAAGAUAAACGUCUACGCACCACUAUUCUACCUGAACAACUUGACUACCUGUAUCAAAAAUAUCAGAUCGACUGCAAUCCAAGCCGCAAGCAGCUUGAAGCAAUCUCAAAAGAUGUUGGGCUUAAAAAGAGAGUCGUGCAGGUGUGGUUCCAGAAUACACGAGCCCGAGAACGCAAGGGUCAGUACCGUGCACACCAGCAGCUGAUUCACAAAAGGUGCCCUGUAUGUCGAGCCCUCUUCCGUGCCAAGUCUGCCCUCGAAUCUCACUUGGCCACCAAGCACCCUGAUGAAAUGGCUAAGGGUGAAAUUAAUAUUGACGCAAUUCCUGACGCUGCAAUAGAAAGCCCUGGACCUUCUCCGUCCAACAUGCUUCCACCGUCUCCAGACUACAACAAGCUUUUGGCUCCUCCAGCAAUGCAGGGCCUUCUACCAUACAUGCCACAAACAAGUAUGGGUAGUCUUGGUUUUCCUCCGAUGGCUGAUCCAAUUCAGAUGUCUAUGAAGCAGUUUUAUGAGGACUCGUUUAAGAAGUACAUUAAUGAGCUUAGUUCUACAAGUCACAGCUCUCAUAAAGGGACACCACAUCCCCAUGAGUAUACUUCAACACCAAUGAAGGCUGAGACUCAAGUCUCCCCUGCUGCAGAUGACGAUGCUCCUCUGGACCUCAGCAAGCCGCUUAAAAUAUCCACUCGUAAUGAUGAAAAAGCGAGAAAUGGACCAAAUUCUCGAUCCAGUUUGAGCAGUAGCCAUAGCAGCAGUGGGGACAAGAUUGAGAGGCAGAGACACAACAGUGGGCGGAAUUCAGUCCAUAGCAUUCUUGGCUCAGCAGUAGAUCAAGCAUACAUGAUGAACCGGUUUAACCAUGACAAUGCACUUCACCAUGGAGCAGAUCAUGACGAGGAACUGUCUAUGAGCAGCUCCCCAACUUCUCCUGCACACAGUCAGACCCAGUCAGGUCCUGGCAGCACAGCUGGGAAACGCUAUCGCACCCAGAUGACCAGCCUACAGGUCAGAAUAAUGAAACACAUUUUCCUGGAUUACAAGACACCAACCAUGGCCGAGUGUGAGAUGCUUGGUAGAGUCAUUGGGCUACAAAAACGUGUGGUCCAAGUGUGGUUCCAGAAUGCGCGGGCCAAGGAAAAGAAGGCCAAGUUGAAUAUGAAGUCAUACGGGUCUGACAUGGACUUUCCAAAGCCUCCUGAAGAAUGCACGCGCUGCAAUUUCAAGUACUCACACAAGUACACAAUCCAGGACCAUAUCUUCACGAAGAAGCACAUCGAUAAGGUGCGUGAAUUCAUUCAGUCCCAGAGUGACGCGGAGCGGGAGAUGACAUCAUCGGUGUCAUCGAUGGGGGGCGUGUCAGGUCUCUUACAUACAUCUCAGGCUAGCGAGAUGGAUCACAUGCGAAAGAUGAUGGAGGAAGCGAGUGCCCACAACCAGCUGGCCCAGCUACAGAGUAUGGGGCUUGGGCCCCUUGGGAUUCCCUCGCAAGCAAUGUCAGGGAUGGGUCUCUUACCACCGGAAUUGUUGCAAAGUAUGAAGAAAGAUGGUUCCUUGUCUAAAGAAGGGGGCAAGUCCUCGGGAAGGUCAGAAGGCUCUUCAAGAAAGGAGAGUGGAAAGGGAGGCGACCCCCUGCAGUUUGGUGGUUUGUUGCCCGGUAUGGACCCGGGUAUGCUCCCCUACAUGUACCCGGGCCUCCCAAGCUUCCUGCCCGGCAUGCCCACUAUGCCACCUGGGAUGAUGCCAGGUACUGAGCAUCUCCUUGGUUACGACCCAAUGACGUACGGCACUCCGCUACCCCUUCUCCAAAUCCCGCAGCAGGCGAUCAAAGACGUCAGCUCGAAGCUAAUGGAACCUAAGGCUACGAUUGGUCAGUACACCCAGGACUGUAAAUCCAUCUCGAGUCUGAAGUCGUUGGUUAGCAGCGGGGACUAUUCCUUGGUAAGGGAGGCCACCGUAGAUGUUGGCUAUAUUUGUAAGAAAUGUCAGAUGGUUUACCCUGCCAAAGAUGCGUGUGUCGCUCACCAGCGACUCAUGUGUUUCCCGGGCGGGAAAUUCCCUGAGGGUGUCAAUAUUACCCUCAAGUUGGAACAGAUUCAAUAUGAGUGUAAGCUUUGCAGCGAUAAGAUGUCCACUGUUCAGGAAUUCAAAUCUCACUGCGAUACUGAGGCCCACAAGACUAAGCUGGCUGUGCACCAGCAGCAGCGGCACACAUCAGGGGCAACAACUCCAAAAACAGCACACAUUCACUCCCCUGCUAUGCACAGGGGCUCGGAUCAAAUGCAGGAGGCUUGAUUUAAGCUGUGUUAAUACAUACAGGCUCUGUGCUACUCUUGGAGAAGACUUAUUUCAGACCUUAUCAUUAAAAGUUGUAGGGCCCAUAAAAAAGCAUAUGACAACAAACUUGAUGAUGUCAGAUGCUGUUUGAAUUGAGUCUGAGAAGAUGAAGUUUGUGCACGACUUGUUAAAGAUCAAAAUUAGGAUCUACAUGUAAAUCUCAUUGUAACAAACACUGUACAUGUAAAUCUCGUUACAAACAAUAUACAUGUAAAUCUCGUUACAAACAAUAUACAUGUAAAUCUCGUUACAAAUAAUAUACAUGUAAAUCUCGUUACAAACACUGUUUAAUGUGUAGUUCAAAAGAAGAUGUCUGGUACUUACAGUAACAAUAGACAUAUACCUUUGUAGCUGUAUCGGAACAAAUUUAAGUUGAUCUUAAAAGUGUUUUGGAGUUUUGUGUUUUCUUUUGAUAAAUUUUUGCAUUUACAAAUUUUUGCUUUUCAUGUGUAUUAUCAUAACGCAUGCUUUCAUGCCAAAUUAACACCUGUUAUUACUAGAUUGUAUCCUUUAUAUGAAAUGUUUACAUUGAUAUAUAAAAUCGUAAUAUUGUUUAUUGGUAAGUUGUUACAAACUAUUGUGUGGAUAUACGGUGCUCCACUUUCUGAUGUAGUUUUCAUUGUUCAGACCCAUUUGUUAGUAUUGAUAAUUGUUGUAUUUGCUGAUAAAAAUUUAUUGUAUGUUAAAAAUUAUAAAAAGAACUGUAGUGUCGAGCUGUGAAAUCUGUUCUUGUUUAGUGUGAAAGGUCUUGGAGAUAUUCUCGAAAUCCAAAAAAAACAUUUCAUACAGCGAAGCAUUGUAUAAACUUAUGAGUAUAUUGUGGUAAUUAUGAUAUUGUUGUUUUGAAGCAGUAAGGAGCUGUUUUUGAUGAGGAUUGUAGCAGUAUUUUCAUUUAGUGUGAAUAUUAUAUUAUAAAUAGUGUGACCAAUUUCAAACAAAAGUGCUAUGUCAUUUUAGUCUUUGACAUAAGGUGUUUCCAUUCUCAACGGGAAUGAAUAUCUGUUAUAUGAUGUUAUGUUUCCGAGAUGUCAAGACACAAACAUUAAAGGGAGGGAACUUUAUGGGUAAUAAGGAGAUUGGAAGGAAUUGAGCAAGACAUAAGUAUCUUAUUGAUCAAGACAUACAAGUCUUAAAGAUGAAGACUUAUUUAAAUAUUAUUGACAAAGACUUAUUUAAAUAUUAUUGAUAAAGACUUAUUUAAAUCUUAUUGAUGAGGACUUAUUUAAAUCUUGUUGAUGAAGACUUAUUUAAAUCUUGUUGAUGAAGACUUAAACAAAUCUUGUUAACAAAGGCUUCAAAAUUAUGUUCAUUGAAUUAUGAACUCUGCACGCUUGUUUAUUAAGGAAAGAGCACUGUUAAUUAUUAAUAAUUAUACUCAGUUCUAGAGAGUAUCUAUUAUUAUUGGUUAGAUUUCUUGAACAAAUCAUAAUCAUGCAUACUUGAUUAGGGAUAUUACUUAUAUGAUAAAGAUACUUUGUAUUUUCUGCAUUUAACUACUACAUUGAACUAUGUCACUAAUUUUCAUGACAGUUGGUCAGCACUGAUACUUACAUGUAUAUAUUAUAUUUUGUUAAAGUUGUUUCUUUUAUUGUUUUUCAUCUAGGUUGAUUUUUAGCCUGAUCAAUGUGCUCACUGUUCAUGAUUUCUGUAUAAUCUGUAUAUUUUGACUGAAUUCAAUGAAAGUUUAUACAAAUGUACAUUUUAAAAAUGUACAUUUGCAGACAUGUACAAAUUACUGACAUUAAACUUUGUAUUAUAUUUCAGCAUAUUAUUCAGUUCUCUAGUUUGUUGUAUAUUUUGUUGAUAUCUUUUUGUUCUUUUCUCUUCAAGUAAUCUCUGAUCUUUUGCAAUACUUACAUUGACAUAUUUUACAGGGUUGUAUUAGCUGUUUUUGCUUACAAAAUGAUAACAUAAAAACUUAUACCUUGUAUGUGUAAUACAAUAAAUGCGGCAAUAUUUUUAUGUUAUAGUAAAUUCAAAGAUAGACCAGUAAUUGGUUAUUUGAAACGAAAAGUAAUAGUGUUUUAGUUUCUUUUUUAAAGGCGUGAUAUGUAUUAUAGUUAUAUAACGCUUUUAUAUAACACAUUCUUAAUUAAAAAUCAAAAGUCUCUUACUUAUAAAUGAAUAUCUAUAAAAUAAGUUAAUAAAUAUAACAAUUUACGUAAUUAAAGGUCAUUUUCAUCUUAACUUAAUUUAGGUGACAUAACAGUUUCAUUUCGGUUGUUAUGAAAAAUCUGAGGUUGUUAUAUCAUUUACAUGCUGCAUUUCUUGUUUUUGUGUUCUGAUUUUUACUCGUUUUUCUUGUUACAUUAUGAUUCUCCUAUUAAUAGUCCAAAAUUAAAGUGUUUUCAUAUGGUGCUUUGACGAGCUCUUCUUUCACACAAAGAUAUAUUAUUUUCUUUUCUCUAGUCUUUUAUGUUCAUUCGUUGUGUGUAUUGAAAACAAGGUUUUGAAAGUUAGAUGUCACAGAGUAAUUGUAGCGUUCAAUGUGAAGUUGAAUGUUGAAAAGACCAAUUAUGUUUUUGUAAAUGCAGAGAGAUUGCUAGGUCAUAUUUGAAGUUACGCAUAAUCUAAAGUGUCAAUGGGCCCCUUCCUCCCAUUGCCCUUAAUUGUUCAUGAAUAUUGCAAAUCUUGGCCAAAAAAUCAUCAUUUUGUCAGCCGAGUCACGGGGCCCCUACCUGUCUUUGCCCUGAAUUUUCAUACAUACUGCAUUUUUUGCAAAAAAUAAUGGUUCGUUUUUCUGUCUAAUGUAACGCAUGUUUGCUAACAUAACUUUGUCAGUAUCACUAACUUCAUCUUUUUUAAAUAACUAGUACACUACAAGCCCUUAAUAUAAAUAUUUCAACAAUUUUUUAUUUUCGUCGAGAAAAAAUUAUAUAAAAAACUUGUUUUUUUAGGAAAGAAUUACAUGUUUAUGGAUUUCUGUUUGAAUGUGUGUUAAAGGAACAGUAUUUUAUUAAACAUUCCUUUCUUAUGUACAACUUCAGUCUUAGUCAUGUUAUUAUUGUUACGAUAAUUCCAUACAGGUUUAAGCAUUAUUGCAUGUUAGUUAUGAUAGUUCUUAUAAAUGUCUCUCUUCUUUUCAUAUUGUAAAAUAUAAAACAUCUAAAUAAAAACAGUUGUCGAGACGAUGCUAUUGAACAAUGUGUGAACGAAGCAUUAUAAUUUUCUAUAUAGGCAUUAUUUUUUAUAGCAUAUACGGUUAAUUUGUUAGAUUCCUGAGCAUGUUUUCUUGUUAAAUAUCAUGUCUAUCAUUAAUAUUACUGGUUUAGAACCAUCCACUGUAUUUCGAGGGCUGUGCGCAGGAUGGACAUAACUUUAUACAAUGAUAUAAGGAGUUAGUCCAUCCCGCAUUUAGUCCACGAUUUUCGACGACUCAUCUGUUUACCAAAGUAUUGCCAUAAAUUGAACAUACGCAGUCUUCCAUGCUGAUGUAAAUUUUGACACAAUUAUCUUAGACUAGGUACAUAAUAAUGGUGAGAAUGCCAGACGGUGCCAACGCCUUCUAUAUUUUAAUGUCGCUUGGUAUGUUCUGCCGUUCGCCCCAUAAAUUAUGAGGUCAUAGGCCUAAAAAUGUAUCCCAUUGUUGUAAUUUCGUGUUUAGAACAGUCUCUUCUUGUUUUUCCCACAGAUAUUUGAGUGCAGUAACUUUUAAAACAAACGUUUAAGUAAGAAUUCCAUUGGACGAGUUUUGUUAUCAUGAAUAUACAUUGUAUGUGUAAAUAUUUAAAUAAAUUGUAUACCUCCAAUCUACCAGUAGUGUUUAGUGUUUAUUAUACUUUUACUAAUGACAUAACUUUUGAUUAAAUUUUUGUAGCAAAUCCUCACUUAGCAUAAUCAUCAUUUAAAAAUCCAGCCAUUGUAUUGAUUCUCACAAAUUAUUUGAUUGAAUUACCUAUGAAACUUGUUUAUUUAGUUGUAUUCUAUCUCCAUCAGUUUCAUAUAGCUUGAAUAGACCAUGAUAGAUUCUUGUGAUUCAUAUUACUGUAAACUUGUUCAUUUUGUAUAGUUGUUUAAGUUGUUUAUCAUGAAAUUCAUUUUGCAUUUAUACAUAGAUAUAUUGACUAUUACUAAUAUUAUCAUGUUUGGUGUACCAGUUUUUGGUACAGAUAAUUUUAGAAUAUUUUCAAGAUUAAUAUAGUAGUCUGCUUCGCAAAAAUGAAUAAAUCAUAUUUACCAUUAA